ACCAGUGGUAGGACGGUAGCUUAGUCUGUCCAAUCCUCCGACCUAUCUUUGUCCUCAGAGCCGGCCAAAAUGACAACUUACAUCCCGCGCCUGACGCUACCCUACGAGGUGUUCGCCAGCCCGGCAGCCUCAAUCCUUCUCCCAGUCGGACUGGGAACCCUUGUCGGAUUCAGCACACGGCCCUCCAAGACCAAGAAGAAGUACAUGGCCCUCAAGCAGCCGCCCUUCCACCCGCCGGCCUGGGUCUUCGGGCCGGCCUGGACGGUGCUGUACGGCCUGAUGGGGUACGGCGCCCACCGCGCCGUCAGCACGGGCCUGGGGCCGCUGAGCUCCGUCGAGCACAUCCGCAUGACCAAGCAGGGCGCCACGCUCUACACGGUCCAGCUCGGGCUCAACCUGGCCUGGAUGCCGCUGUUCUUCGGCCUGAAGCGGCCCGUCGAGGCCACGGUCGACAUCGUGGCUCUCCUGGGGACUACUGGGUACCUUUGUUACGUCUGGGGUUCCGUGGAUAAGGUUGCCGGCUGGUGCUUUGCCCCCUACGUGGCCUGGCUCAGUUACGCCACCUACCUGUGCGUUGGUGCCGCCCACCUGAACGAUUGGGAUCUAAAGGAUAAGGAGGUUUCCAAGGACUAGUAAUGCUAGUUAGAACAUUUUAUGUACAAGGAUCAUUGGAAACAUGUCAGGGUCUUUCGAUUGGGCCAUGGGAUCUGCAAGUCUCAUGACUUCGCCAACUCUCUCAUCACGCACUGAGCCUAUCUAUAACCAGAAAUCCAGGAACUAGAAACAGUAGCAGAAAUCACAGAAAUUGCCUGUCUUGCGCC